CCAUGACAGCUGAUUAUAAAGGUUAAGUUACAUGAUCACAAUUCACAGAAUCAUUAAUUUAUUAAUUGCAUUUACUUUCAUUAUUUAAAAAUUAGUUGAACUUAACAUUUUAAUCAAACGCCAUCACAGUUAUCUACAUGAAAAUGUCCCAUAAAGUCUUGACAUUUGUUACGGGAAAUGUAAAGAAAUUGGAAGAGGUUAAACUUAUUUUAGGGAACAAUUUCCCUCUUGAAGUAACGAAUCAUAAAUUAGAUCUACCAGAAUUACAAGGUGAAAUCAAUGAGAUUUCAAUUCAAAAAUGCCGGGAGGCAGCGAGUCGUCUGAACAAGCCAGUGAUAAUUGAAGAUACAUGUUUAUGUUUCAAUGCUUUACAAGGGUUACCGGGUCCAUAUAUUAAAUGGUUUUUGGAUAAAUUGAAACCUGAAGGCUUACAUCAAUUACUAGCUGGAUGGGAGGAUAAGUCUGCAGAAGCUGUGUGCACAUUUGCUUACUCUUCCGGUAAACCUGAGGAUGAUGUUAUAUUGUUCCAAGGAAAAACUGCAGGCACAAUUGUGUAUCCUAGGGGGACAAGAGAUUUUGGAUGGGAUUGUAUAUUUCAACCGGAUGGCUAUGAUAAGACUUAUGCUGAGUUACCAAAGGAAGAGAAGAAUAAAAUAUCUCAUAGAUACAGAGCAUUAGAUAAGUUAAAAUAUUAUUUUGCUCAGAAUAGUAGUUAAUUUUUAAAUAAAAGACAGUACCAUAGUCUAAUCUAUAUUAAGGAAACAGUGUUAAUGUACAAAGUGUAAUGCUUAAAGCAAUAUAAAUUGUUGAUAUAACA